CUCAGCAGGAAUCAUCUGCUUUGGAUCAGCGACAAAAUGGAGGAACCUGCUUCUGAAAUGAGCCCCUCUGUGGAGUGUAAAACAAAGGGGACUGAGAGUGUCCUGAUGAAGAGAGCAGACUCCCCUGUACCCAGCUGUGUUUCCCUGAAGAGUGACGGGUCAAUGGGAAAUCCACUCAACUUCAGAGAGGGACCUUUCCCUACAGAUCAAAGAGACCAAAUGAAAGGAUGCAUUUCAGAUGUACAGGAUAAACCAAGUUUAUCUUCCAUAUUGAAGUCACUAGAGGAAAAUGCAGUGAGGUUCCUGAAGGAUGAGCUGAAGAAGAUCACGAGGUACCUAGAUCAGAAUUACCCAGAAUUCUCUGAACCUCAACUGGAGGAGAACAAUGACCUGGAUAGUGAUGGUCAGAUGCAGAAGACCAGUGUUAGAGAGGGAGCUCUGAAGAUCACACUGUACAUCCUGAGGACCAUGAAGCAAAAUGAUCUUGCUGACAGGCUGGAGAAGAGGCAUCUUCUGUCACAAUGUCAGCACAGAAUCAAAUGUAACCUGAAGAAGAAAUGUGAGUGUGUAUUUGAAGGGAAAGCUAAGGAAGGACAGCCAACACUUCUCAGUGAGAUUUACACAGAACUCUACAUAACUGAAGGUGGAACUGAAGGAGUCAAUGAUGAACAUGAAGUGAGACAGAUUGAAACAGCAUCCAAGAAAAGGCGAACAGAAGAUACUACAGUCAAGUGCAAUGAUAUAUUUAAACCCUUAUGUGGGCGUGAGACACCUAUCAGAACUGUACUCACUAAAGGGGUGGCAGGUAUCGGAAAAACAGUCUCUGUGCAGAAAUUUAUUCUCGACUGGGCAGAAGGAAAAGCAAACCAGGAUGUUCACUUCAUAUUUGCUCUUCCUUUCCGGGACCUGAAUUUGAUUAAGGGUGAAUACAGUCUGAUUGAACUGCUUCACCACUUUGUCCCAGAACUGAAGUCAUUUGAGUCCACUGAGCUGUUUAGGUACAAAGUCUUGUUCAUCUUUGAUGGUCUGGAUGAGUAUCGCCUUCCUCUGGAUUUUCAGAACAAUGAGAGCUGGUUUGAUGUAACAGAGAAAACGUCCCUGGAUGUGCUGUUGACUAACCUCAUUAGGAGGAAUCUGCUCCCAUCCACUCUCCUCUGGAUAACCUCCCGGCCAGCAGCAGCCAGUCAGAUACCUGCUAAGUGUGUCCACCAGGUGACAGAGAUACGAGGGUUCAGUGAUGCCCAGAAGGAGGAGUAUUUCAGGAGGAGAUUUAGUGAUGAGAGCCUGGCCAGCAGGAUUAUCACACAUGUGGUAUCAUCAAGGAGCCUCUUCAUCAUGUGCCACAUACCUGUGUUCUGCUGGAUUUCAGCCACUGUCCUUGAGAGACUUUUUAGCGAGACUGACAGUGGAAAAAUUCCAAGGACUCUGACUGAAAUGUACACACACUUCCUGAUCUUUCAGACAAGUUUAAAAAAUGACAAGUAUAGGCUACCGACCUCCGCAACCCUGAGUUGGACAAGUUGGUACAGGAAAAUGGUGGUGAGAUGGAUGAAAAACCAUGAAAGUGAGUUUAAUAAAUCUGGAAAAGAAUUCCUUUUAAAACUUGGUAAACUGGCUUUUGACAACCUUGAGAAAAGCAAUCUCAUUUUUUAUGAGCAAGAUCUUACAGAGAAUGACAUUGAUAUCGCUGAAGCUUCAGUUUACUCUGGAGUGUGCACAGAAGUCUUUAAAGAGGAGUAUGGGUUGUACCAGGAGAAGGUGUACUGCUUUGUGCAUCUGAGCAUCCAGGAGUAUCUCGCUGCUUUAUAUGUGUUUCUGUCAAACUCAUCAGCUGACUUGCUGGAGACUGCAGUGAAUCAGGCAUUAGAGAGCAAGAAUGGACACUUGGACCUCUACCUCCGCUUCCUGCUGGGCCUCUCAACAGACUCCAGUAAGACUCUGUUACGAAGGCUACUGGGACAGACAAGAAACAGCUCACAUAACAUUUGGAUAAUAACCAAAUACAUCAAGGAGAAAAUAAAGGAGAAUUUAUCUCCAGAAAGGACCAUCAACCUGUUCCACUGUCUGACUGAACUGGGUGACAAUUCUCUAGUAGAUGAAGUACAAAGAUACCUGAAUUCUGGAAACAUUUCAGCAGAUGUCCUCUCACCUGCACAGUGCUCAGCUCUGGCCUUUUUGUUACUGAUAUCAGAUGAGGUGCAGGAUGUGUUUGAUCUGAAGAAAUUCGUCAGAUCAGAUAAGGAGCAUUGGAGGCUGCUGCCUGUGGUCAAGACAUCUAGGACAGCACUGCUGAACGGCUGUAAACUCACAGAGAAAUGCUGUGAGAUGCUGUCUUCAGCUCUCAGAUCAAACUCCUCACCUCUGAGAGAGCUGGACCUGAGUAACAAUGAUCUGCAGGAUUCAGGAGUGAAGCUGCUCUCUGCUGGACUGGGGGAUUCACACUGUAAACUGGAGAUACUGAGGUUGAACAACUGUAAUCUCACAGAUAAAUGUUGUGAGGCACUGGCUUCAGCUCUCAGAUCAAACGUCUCACACCUGAGAGAGCUGGACCUGAGUGACAAUGACCUGCAGGAUUCAGGAGUGAAGCUGCUCUCUGCUGCACUGGGGGAUUCACACUGUAAACUGGAGAUACUGAGGUCAGUAUUACUGGGUAUUCCACACUGUAAACUGGAGAUACUGAGGGUGGACUGGUGUGAACUCACAGAGAAAUGCUGUGAGGCACUGGCUUCAGCUCUCAAAUCAAACUCCUCACCCCUGAGAGAGCUGGACCUGAGUGACAAUGACCUGCAGGAUUCAGGAGUGAAGCUGCUCUCUGCUGGACUGGGGGAUUCACACUGUAAACUGGGGAUGCUGAGGCUGUCAGGCUGUAGAAUCACAGAAGAAGGCUGUUUUUCCCUGGCUUCAGCCCUGAGGUCAAACCCCUCACACCUGAGAGAGCUGGACCUGAGCUACAAUCACCCAGGAGACUCAGGAGUGAAGCUGCUCUCUGCUGUACUGGAGGAUCCCAGCUGUAAACUGGAGAAGCUGAAUGUGGAUCAUGGUGGAGAGUGCAGGACCAGACCAGGCUUACAGAAAUACUUCUGCCAGCUGACGCUGGACCCCAACACAGCACACAGACGUCUGUCUCUGUCAGAGGGGAACAGGAAGGUGACACAUGAGUGGGGGGCUGAGGAGCAGCCAUAUCCUGAUCAUCCAGAGAGAUCUGACUGGUGGGACCAAGUUCUGUGCAGAGAGAGUCUGACUGGCCGCUGUUACUGGGAGGCAGAGUGGGAAGGAGAUGAAGUUCGGAUAGGAGUGACUUAUAAAAGAAUCGGGAGGAAAGGACUGUGUGAUGACUGUUUGCUUGGAUGCAAUGACAAGUCAUGGAGUCUGUACUGUAAUCCUCACCGUUAUUCUCUCUGGCACAAUAAGGAGCAGACUCUCAUACCGAUACGGCCCUCAGGCUCCCGCAGAGUAGGAGUGUAUCUGGACUGGGGGGCUGGUGCUCUGUCCUUCUACAGAGUCUCCUCUGAUGGACUGACCCCCCUGCACAGAUUCACCUCCUCAUUCACUGAGCCCCUCUAUCCAGGAUUUGGGGCUUAUUAUGCAGAUUGCACAGUGUUGCUGACGCUGGGAUAGCUCACUGCAUAAAGAGGAAUCAUUUUUACUGUUCCACUGUACGCUAUGUUACUGCUUCUCCACUGUAAAUCUCAGAUUUUUAACCUGUAUAAACCU